AUGGACUUCCGUUGUGUUUGUGGAACUCACUUCUCCGGAUUUCGGCGAUACUCCAUUCUGAAGCAAAUGAGCCAGGCACCUUCCGUUUUUGCUCGGCUUCUUUUCAAAUUGGGCAAGACUCUCAGUACGUUCUCAAGGAGGGUACAUUAUCAUGAGAAGGAGCUCGGAGAAUCCUUUCAUGCUUUUCGCGAACAAAUCCGACCCAAUCCUCUUGCUGCUAAUCAGAACAAAGCUCUAGUGGCCUCCCGAGCACAACAGCUUCUACGUUUGUCGGAUAGUAUUGACGACUUCAAACCCACCGCCAUUGCCUUUGAACAGUCUAUCAGGUGGAUGCAGACUACCCUUCCCACAACUUUGCUCAGCAUUACAGAACACAACAUCUGUCCCGUCUUCUCACUACGCCUGACCAUCCUUCAGCGACGAGCAAGAAAUGCCUGGACCCUAGACUGUCUACGGGUUUCCAGCUAUCUUGUAGGUUUGGAGGACCCCUCACUCGAAGUUCAGCGUAUGGGUGAACUACUUCGGAUUCGUGCAAGCAAGGAAUGUUGGAAGGGUAUUGCCGAGUGUAACACCGCUGUGGAAAAGGCAAUCACCGCUAAAACACCUGCUAUCGAAGUCGAACUCCGCCUACAACAGGUCCAACUCAGCCAUCUAUUGGACAUCGCCCUUGCCCUUGGGCGUGGUAGCGCUCAGCUUGAUACGUUGUUGCCCACCAUGACACCAGAACCUGCUUCUGAAAGCGUUCAGAAAACGGUACACAUCUGCAGACGCUUUCCCGAUACGGCUGGGAAGUUCGGUGGGCUGGUCAGCAAAUUCGUCAAGUUUGCAAGUGAACAGCGGUAUGACAAGGACGACACACUGCAAAGAUGCACAUCCCAACUGGCAUCGUUGCCUCAGUCGUGCACAUAUGAAACGCGGAAAACGGAGUUGACGUGGGGUGAAUGUGUUGGAGGAUCUGUUGCCGUGUGUGAGCUUGGAGGACACCCUUACAGCUCGGAGAUGUCCGGCUGUCCAGAAUGUAGGAGGAUCAAGGAGGUAGAGCGGGUCGAGGAAGAGGCCAGAAAGGCGGGAGAAUGUUUGUUCGAGGAGCGGUUUUUGCAGGCCAUGAAAGGUUUGGCAAAAUGA